UUUCGUUGUUACCACAAUGAAAGCUUGAGGAUGACGUAAUGCGACUAAACGACCAUAUCCACAUGCGAACACUCUUUCCUGAACAUCAUAUCAUACAUACCUUUACUCGUGCAGCAAGACGCCAACUCGACGUAGCCCAACACUUCGAACGGACGUGGUGAAGAUGUGUGGCUGCCCGAUCAGGAACAGGCAAUUGCAGCCGCCUCAACCUAAACAAGGUUGCUGACCACAGGAAGCUGAACACCAAGCCUCAGCUUUCCCAUCAUCAUUUUGCGGCAGAGUCACAAACAUUAUGCAAUUGCAUAAGCACCAGUCGAACAACGGCCCUAGCUCCACCCAUUUGAACGUAUGAUGGCUCUGAACGAUUGGAAUCUUUUGCACGGGGAUGCACAUGAGAACACUGCGAAUGGUGUGGAUUCGUCGUCAUUCAGUCACAACCCACUCGACCACGACCAGGCGUCUAUACGACUCCUUCGGAUAUUACCUAAGCGAUCCGAGUUUGGACUCAUACAGUGCGAGCUGAUACAUGCCACGGUGGACGCUUCGUAUACUUGCCUGUCGUACGUCUGGGGACCAGCUGCUAGACAGCGUCUGAUAUUGAUCAACGGCAAGCUGUUCAAAGUACGAGAAAAUCUCUGGCAGUUCCUCUCUGCGACUUGUCAAGCUUACCAACAACUCUCAUCGAUAUGGUAUUGGAUAGAUGCUUUGUGCAUCAAUCAGGAGAAUACCGUGGAAAGAAAUCACCAAGUGGCGCAGAUGGGAACCAUCUACCGUGGCGCACAAAGUAUGUUGAUCUGGAUGGGCAUUGACGAAUCUACUACCCGUCUACUGAAAGUUGCGCUCGAGGCUUGGCGGCUCAUGGCAAGGUGCAACACUUUUUCGCAAUUCCAGGAUGCCGGAACUCAAAACACAGAUAUUUGUAACCUACAAGUUGCGAAAGAUCUUUUGGGGUUUAUGCUUCACGUCUAUUGGACUCGAGCUUGGAUCACGCAAGAAGUGCUUCUCGCACGUAACAUACAACUCUUGACAGACAGGGCUUCCGUUGAAAGCGAGCAGCUUCGACCCAUAUGCUAUCUGAGGCAAGGAACAUGGUGGCUUCCAAUGUAUCUAACCGGAAAAAAAAGCGGAUGCUUAAAGGGAAAUCGAUGGGACGUUGAUUGUCAAGUAUCUCAGCAUGUUGGACAGAGGCUUUACGGCGCGAAUCCUCUGGUCAAGCUUGUCGGUGGUUUUCCUGGGCAUAUAAGCCAGAUUCCACAGGACCAAAUCUACAGCUUGUUGUCUCUAGCAGACAUCGCGCACAAACUGCCAGUAGAUUACCGCGUACCAGCCGAGGAGUUCUCCCUUCAACUGAUUGAGACUCUGCACCGAACGUUGUGUCUGUACUCAUUGGAGUGCUUGGCAAAUGCGAUGCCAUCUGCUUGCAAGAUAUGUACCAUUCGCUGA